AUGGCAGCGAAAGCGAUCGUAUGGUGGUACACCGGUUCCAAAAGCAUGUUCUCUGAGAUGAUGCAUUCCGUUGCGGACACAAUGAACCAGGUCCUACUGGCGUAUGGCCUUUACUACUCCCUGCACCUGCCGGAUGCUGAUCACCCAUAUGGCUACUCCCGUAUGCGUAGCAUCUCCUCCCUGAUCAGUGGCGUAGCCAUCUUUUUCCUCGGCUCCGGCUUCACCUUCUACCAUGCAGUCCAGGGCUUAAUUGUUCCACACACCCUUGAUUCCUCUCUUUAUGGUGCCUUCGCAGUGAUGGCUGGUUCCCUCUUGACCGAGGGCUCCACAAUGAUAAUGGCCUACCGCGAGGAUACAGCCGCCGUUCUGGGUAUUUUGGUAGCCAGCACCGCUCUCGGUGCUUCCGCUUUGAUGGGAGUCACCUGGCCCGACGCUCUUGGUGGUAUCGGUAUCAGCGCGAUCUUGGCUGGUGUGGCUGGCUUCAUAAUUCACACCAAUACGGAGGUUCUCCUGGGCAAGUCCAUCUCACUGGAACGCCACGAACAGAUCACACGGUUGAUUGACAACGCGAAAAUUAUUCGCGGAACCUAUGACACCAAGGCCAUGAUGAUGGGCGGUGGAGAUGCAGUGCGCUUCAAGGCCGAAGUGGACAUUGAUGGUCGCGAGCUGACUCGACGGUACCUCGAGACGUUACCACCGGAUAAGCUCCUCGAGGUUUGCCUGUUUUAA